AAUAAUUUUCCAAAUUUAACCACUAGUAGAUAUUCGAUCUUCAUAGAAAUUUCAACAAAUCAUAUAAUACAUUGCAAUUUGCAUAUGUCAAAAUGGUACAAAAGUAGGCCGGUUUCCAUUCUCCCACUCUGAUUUCGAUCCAAGCAGUCUACUUGGUAGGUGCACACAACAAUACUUGUCACUGCUGUUUGAAAUUGCAAGAGAGAAGCAAGAAGAAAUUUCACUCAGCACCAAGAUGGACCGAACGAGCGUUACAUCCCGAAUUCCGACCGGCUUGAGGGUUCCGAGAGGCUAUCGGGCCACCCAAGCAAUUGGAGGUAAAGCGGAAUCGGGAGGGAAAGUUCGUUUUCCAAGCAAGACUAUUCCAACCGCGAACGAGAUAGAUCCUGAAGAGAGCUUGAUUGAGGACGAAAAUUUUCCGCCGUUGUUCUAUGAAGACAUAGAGGAUACUGGAGACGACCCGUACGACUGGGAGCCGAUAAACAUUUCCGAGAUCGACGAGGUAUAUUUUCGGAAGCUGAAGGCUGAAUGGGAGCUUCAAAAAAUGAGAGUGGAAAACUCCAGAUUGCGGCAGGAGAAUCAACGGCUAAAAACAGCAGCAAAAGGGCUUCUUUUAUCAAUACACUACUGAUUUUUCAAUUAUUUGAUUGUUCUUCUUUUGUUUUCCGAUGAAGAUUUUAUUAAUAUUUAUUCAUUCUUACAUUGCAUCAAAUACAUAUGAGCUUUCGAGGGGACUCUUCUUGACUACAACACUGAGAAAUGAGCUAGCUAUGAGUAGAUGACACAAGAUAUGACGUCAGAUCAAACCAAGGCAAUUCCCGUUUAAAAAAAAAAACAAGAGAUGACCAAGUCA